AAUGCAUCUCAAGAAUCAAGAAUGUCAAUAAACUUGAAAGGGUGCGUUAACGAUUGUUCUGCUUUCUGCAUAUCGUUACUCAUCGAUUAAACAAUCCUGUGUACCGGUCGCGAAGUGAUUUUAGUUAAAAUAUCAGUAGAUCGAUGUACAUUGUACGCCUUCUCAAAAUUUGUUUGUUGCAAUAUGAAUUCGUAUAAUAGAUAAUUUGUUAUUGUAUGACUCAAUAUCAAGUCACAUCAACAAUGGAGCGGCUUCAUUUGCUUAUUGCAAUUAUAAUAAUUCUGUAUUCUAAAAAUGCGUUGGCGGACCGCGGUGACUACAUCGGCUGCUACAAACUAUCCGACGAUGUCCUCAAUACGCACACUGGACAAUCGGUCGAUGUCUGCAUUUCCGCAUGUGAACAAGUUUUUUACAAAUAUGCGCUCAUCGGGAACGAAUCUACCUGCUUUUGUGGGAACUCCCCAGGUCAGUUCAAAAUUGAUUUAGACGCGUGUAACACGCCAUGUCCAAAAAACGAAACUCAACAUUGUGGUGGAGAAAACGCAGCCAGCAUCUAUGAUACGGAAGUAACUAUUCCUGGGCCACCUAUGUCACUAGAGGUGACUAAUAUAACCGAGUCUACAGUUAGAGUGCAGUGGACACCUCCUCAAGCUUAUACCCAAAUAACUGGUUAUGUAAUAAGAGCCAUAAUAAUUAAAACUUAUGCUGAUUUUACCAUACAACCUUUGGAAUGGCGUGUGCAGAAUACCACUCUGAAAAGUGAACUUCCUAACUUACAACCAGGUUCACUGUACAAUAUUAGUGUAGCAGCCAUGAAUUUUGAAGAGAUUGGAGCAAAUGUGACAGUACAGACUGAAACCUUGAUCGGUACACCGGACCCAAGCCCUCCAGAUAUAAAAGUCCUUCAAAGACGUGGGGAUGAAAUGUUGGUACAUGUUCCUGAGGCAAGAAAUGUAAAUGGCCCAGUUUCUAUGUAUAGAAUCAUAGUGUCCAUUGAACUAUAUCAACAAGGCAUAAUAACAGAGAAACUCGGAAACUAUUCAUAUGCCCAAGAACAUGGUUUAACUUACUAUAUCACAGCUGAAUUAGACCCUGAUGAUAUUAAAAAUGAUUUUGUAAUUGGUGAUAGAACUACAUACAAUGGUUUCUAUAACGCUCCAUUGCCCCUCACUAAUGAAAUUGAUGUCUCCUUAGGUGUUGUAAGUGAAAGAAACCAUGUAAAGAAAAUAAGAUAUGCUGAGUCAACAAAAACAAUAAUUCUAAAUAUCAAUGAACCAGAAGAGGUGUCACCAUUGGUAGUAGCUUUGGGAGCUGGAAUUGCAAUUGGAGUUGUACUGUUGUUGAUAGGGUUAGGACUCCUUAUCAUUUUAAGAAAGAGAAUACAUUUUGCUCGCUUGCAAAGAGGCUCCCAGUCCAUGCCUCUGAGCCUCAGUGAACCCUGUUUGGAAAUAGAAAACUCUGGCUUUCUUAUAGACGAAGAAGAUAAAGUGGACUAUUAUAGCAAUUUAAAGAGAAACCUGUGGAAUAUACCAAGAAAUAUAAUUGAUAUUGAUAUAUCAAGUGUCGUAGGACUAGGUAGCUACGGCAAGUUUAUGAGAGGCACUGUGCAACAUCAGGGUAAACAGACAUUUGGACUUAUUCAAGUAAUAUCUGACAGAGAGUUGGAUAAGUCUGACAAGAAGCUGAUGCUGCAAGAACUUGAUUUGUUGAUAAAGUCAACUGAAAGUGAAAAUGUUGUCUCCUUGAUUGGUAUUUGUGAAACCAGUACUACACUAUUUGUAGUACUCCCAGAUAUAAAGGCAAACUUAAAAGACAUGCUGCUCCACAGCCGGCACAGGGAUCUCCAAAACAAUAAGUUUUGCCUCCUGUCCGAGACCAGACUACUUCAAAUUUGUGCAGCUAUCGCUAAUGGAAUGGAGUAUUUGCACAGUAAGAAGAUAGUGCAUAAGAAACUUAGUUGCCGUAACAUUUCGAUGGCUGCUAACGGUGUGGUGAAGGUGUCUGGAUUUGGAUUGUCCCACAUGCGCCCACUGCACUCCACGCCGGACUACACGCGCUGGACGUCGUACGAAAUGCUGCGACAGACACGGUUCAUACCUAAAGCAGAUGUCUGGUCGUUUGGCUGCUUGAUGUGGGAGAUACUAACACUGGGCGCAACUCCGUACCACCACACCGCUAAUAACGAUGUAGGUGUUCGAGUUCUCCGAGGUAUGAGACCAUCUCAGCCAUCUUAUGUUGGUGACGAGCUAUUCCAGAUAUGCUUACAGUGCUGGCAAGUGGAUCCUGAUGAGAGACCUACCUUUUCUGCCCUGCAGAGCGAGCUAUUGCCAUUUAUCGAUGGUCCUGGGACAAGGAGCUUGAGUUUCACACACUACAACGGAUUUAAUUAUGAACCUCAUGUACCAGAAUAUGAGAUGGUUUCAUAGCAGAAGGCCUCCAUUCACAUUUCAGGCUACCUGAAGUGUGUAUUAGCUUGUUAGCUAAUCAAAUACAACCAAACAUUUAUAUAAUGACAUGUAACAUGAUGAGACAAUAGUUAUAAGCUGAAAAUUUACAUAUUUUUAUAUUUUAGUUGUGAUUUUGUAAGAUCUGACAGUAUUGUGAUUUUAUUGAUUUUUUAUAAGUAUUUGUUGAUGGCGAGACCAUAUUUUUGUGACUAUUUACACUAAGAUCAUUGAAUAAUUAAUUUAUGAGUUAUAAAUGAAAUACAUGUACCAUUUUUCAUAUAGGGACUAUAUAUACAAGUUCAACCCAAAGAAUUAUCAUGUACUGGCUUAUAUUUUAUGCAAAGUAAUGUAUAUGUUACAGUCAAAACUCAUACACAAAUUAAAAACUUCUUUUGACUGCAAUAGUCAGCCAAAUGUGGAUUUGACCGAUGUCGAUUCAGUUAUAAAUAGUUGACUGAUGUUUUAAGACGAAAAUUGGUUUUGACUGUUUAUUACAUUUGAAUGUAACAUAAAUAAAGAAAUAAUCUUUUGAUGUUUAAGCAUAAACCUACAAUAACUACUUUAAGUAGUAUGAAUUUGAAAAAUAAAAAUUUGUACAUUUAUCUGUACACUACAAUAAUUAAUUAAAGUUAGCCACACAUUACAUUUACAUUACAGUUACAUUAGCCACAUAAUUCAGGAUAAUUCGUAUAACCAAGCAUGAUCUUUAUUAGAUAUUAAAAGAUAUACAUAGAUAAUAAUUAUUAGUCUAAUAAUGUAGUAUUAAUUGUAUGUACUUAAUUGACAGUUUUAUGUGAGUAGAAUGAAUUCAAUGUCAUGUAUUCUCAGUAAUAUUUUUUUUCAAGAUAUCUUAGAUAAAUAUGGAGUAUCUAUUUAAUUACAUAGAUUAUAGAACAGUAAAUAUGUAGAUGAGAAAAAGAAGGAUGAAAAUGUUGAAUGUUGUAUUAUAAUUAUGACAAAAAUCCCUUUAGACUUCUGCCCACCCUUAAAAAAGUAUGCUUUCGAGUAUGAAACGCAUAUAGUAUGAUAUUUUUUUAUGUUUCACAAUUAAUUUUAACACUUAAGUAUAAUUUAAGGCAUCUAUGACUAAAAAUGUAUAUUAUAUAAGCGAGUCACUUUACAUUCCUUUUUAAUGUUUACUUGUUUUUUUAAUUAAGUAUUAUAUCUCCGUCCAAUGUCUGUCGUACAAACUGUGAAUGUAAUAAAUUAUUAAAAUUA